AUGAAUAGUACUGACGCUAAAUACGGCGCUACUACCUCAAAGUACCCCUCUUCAAAUGGUAAGUUUUUGCGAUUUCUGCGCAAAAACAACCUCGCAAGAACACAGCUAGACGAUACCAGCUUACAGCCAACGCCCCCAGCACCCACAACAGCAGCAGCAGCUAUCAUCCCCGGCAUUCAAUUCGAAUUAAAGACAUACCCUCAAGCUUGGAUUGCGCUACUGUUGCUGAUACUACUGCGUACAGCUGUCAGUGUAUUUCAAUUUACUUUCAGCGUCGUCCCAGGAAUUACAAGCGAAUUUUUUGGUGUAUCGCUAUCCGCUGUCAACUGGCUUGCCAAUGUUCAAUGCAUCGUCUAUGUGUUUAUGAGUUUUUUUACCGGCAUCAUUUUCGAGAAACUUGGUGUCAAAAGAUCUAUCACGGCCUCGGGAUUUUUAUGUGCUUUAGGUUGUGCAAUUCGAUGUAUAGCUGCAAAAACAAACCCGCCCUCGUUUGUAUUGACCAUGGUGGGCCAAGUUGUUGGAGGAACAGCAGCUCCAUUGGCUCUGAACAUAAUGACAAUGUUUACGUCGACUUGGUUUACAGAAAAUUUGCGCGCAACAGCUGGCAUGUUUGUAGCUUCGAAUUACGGUGCUAUUCUCGUCAUGUUUGUGAUUCCUACCAUUACAUUGAAUGCAACGUAUAUACCCAUGGUGCUCAAUCUUGUAGCUGGCUUUGCAGCAGCUAUAUUCCUGCCAUUGUUAUUCAUGCCGAAUCAACCUCCAACACCGCCUACUAGGGUUCAAGAGACUGACCGACCUGCUUUCUUUGAUGGCUUGCGCAUUCUCUCAAAAAACCUCAACUUUUGGAUACUGUUUCUUAUCCAAAGCUUUAAUGUAGGAUUGAGCAUUGCAUUCUGUACUCUUUUUGCGCAAAUAUUGGCACCGCAUGGCUAUACAAACGCACAGGCAGGUCAAUUGAAUGCAUUAGCAUUCUUUGCCGGUACCUUGGGAUGCUCUAUCUCUGGACCCGUGCUAGAUCUGACCAAGCAACACAAAUUGUUUCUCAAAUUGAUAGCACCAAUGGUAUUUGUCACAGACAUUGCCUUUAUUUUUAUGGUGCGCAAAGAUUCUUAUGCAGCAGUGUUGUUUGUUACAGCAUUAAACCAGUUCUUUUUGUCGUUUUUGGUGCCAGUAGUCAUUGAGCUCGGCUCAGAAACAUCAUAUCCUGUAGCAGAAGCAACCACUAAUUCGCUACUAUGGCAAGGCGCACAAUUAUUUGGAUUCAUUUUUGUCAUCAUCAUGGACUCAACACGCAGUCAGCUUGACAACACCAUGACAAAUGCACUUGUCUUUCAAGCCAUUGUAGCGGGUGUUGUUAUGCUCUUAUCAUUCGUCUUUCAUGGAAAAAUGGCUAGAUCAGAAGCAAGUGCGUGGGAGCAGAAAGUCAUUGAGAGAUUAACGGAAACUAAAGAUGAUCUUAUACAACAACAUCAAUUGCCCAAGACACUUUCCUCUGUGAUAGGUGUCACUCUCUCGGAUGAUAACGUGUCAUAUGAUGAAUCAAAUACUACUGUGCUCCUAAAAGAAAGGCACUCUAUUACUAGGCAGAUUGAAUAA